AUGAACGAAUUAAUCAACGAAUCAACCAACGAAUCAAUGAAGGAAUCAAUCAACGAAUCGAUCAACGAAUCAUUCAACGAAUUAAUCAACGAAUUAAUCAACGAAUCAAUCAACGAAUCAAUCAACGAAUCAAUCAACGAAUCGAUCAACGAAAAAAUUAACGAAUCAAUCAACGAAUUAAUCAACGAAUCAAUUAACGAAUCGAUCAACGAAUCGAUCAACGAAUCGAUCAACGAAUCGAUCAACGAAUUAAUCAAUGAACGAAUCAAUCAACGAAUUAAUCAACGAAUCAAUCAACAAAUCAAUCAAGAAAUCAAUCAACGAAUUAAUCAAUGA